AUGUGUUACGUAGUGAACAAACUACAGUGUUUGUUAUGCAAACUGUUUUUCGGCAUAAAAGCGGCAUCCUAUCGGCAACAUACAUUGUUAAACGUCAGAUCUUCAGCCAGUUUUGUUACUGAACUGUGAGCUUUGUCCUGUAGCCAGCUGUUCGUUCGAAUCGGCCACUAACAAAAAAUAAUCAGCGAUGGGUCACGGAUUUGGCGAGCUGGCCAAGGUGCGCGGCAUUGUGACGCACAAAAUUUCACCCUUCGAGCAGAAAGCGUUUGCCAACUAUUUCAGCAAGACGAUCCCAAACACGUUGCGACGGAUCCGGUCGCAGAUUUUCAUCGUAACACCACCAUUCAUCAUCGGCUACAUGGUAUACAAUUAUGUGGAAAACUUGCACACCCAGAUCAAUCGCAAAAACCCAGCUGACUUUGAGAACGACUCGUAAAUUCGUGUGAAAAAAAGUUGCUGCAGUAAUGGAUUGUGGUUUGAUGUGAACCGAAGGUAGCGAAAAUAAAUCCGGUUGUUUCAAUA